AUGGACCUGAAUGCCAAUUUUCAGCGGCUAUACACAUUACAAGAUGUUGCGAGCCACAAUAGAGAUGGAGAUAUAUGGGUUGUUAUUAAUGGCAAGGUCUUUGACCUGACAACGUAUAUGGACACACACCCCGGUGGUAAACAAGUGCUUCUCAACCAUGGAGGCUUGGAUGCAACCAAGAAAUUCCAGAAAUACCACAAGCCUCAAACUUUGGCUCGCUACGGAGAUGAUCUGUGUAUUGGCACUGUUAGAAAGACUGGAUCGCAUGGGACGCGAAUAUGGAAUAGAGCGCUGUCGAAAGUCUUCGACCGGGGCCGUGCUUGA